UAUUCCGUGCGAGUCUAGAAUUACACAUAACUUCCUGUUUGUACUUUCACUUUGUCCACAUGACUUUCGACUUUGUAUUUGAGAUUUUCCUACAUAAAUAAAGAACCAAAUUAUGGCUUCAGCUGUGGCUGUAAAGGAAGAACCGGCUGAAACUUUGGAUUUUGAAAACAGGAUUAUAGAAUUAUGUCAAGAACAGCCAGAUGGAAUCACUGAUGCUAUAAUUAUGAAAGAUUUACCAUUAUGUACUCCACAACAGCGUGUUACUUGUAUAAAUAAACUAUUGUCUACAGGUAAAAUAGAUUUACUGAGAAGUGGGAACAAAUUGAUCUACAAACUGAAAGAUGCUGAUUCUGCAAGCCAAGCUAAAGGAGGAGAUCACCAAGAGAAAGUAGUAUAUCAAAUCAUUAAAGAAGCUAACAAUAAAGGGAUCUGGAUAAGAGAUAUAAGAUAUAAAUCCAACUUAUUACUGACUCAAGUCAACAAGAUAUUGAAGAAUUUGGAAAGUAAAAAAUUAAUAAAAGCAGUUAAAUCUGUAGCGGCAUCGAAGAAGAAGGUGUACAUGUUAUAUGACUUAGAACCAGCCCAGUCUGUCACUGGAGGAGCUUGGUAUAGUGAUCAAGAUUUUGAAUCAGAAUUUGUAGAAGUAUUGAAUCAACAAUGCUUUAAAUUUUUAGAGCAAAAGGCAGCCAUUGCACGAGACACCAAAAAUGAUCCAAUGGCUCAAAGAAAUGCUUCAUUUACUCCUUUACAAGAUAUUUGGAAGUUUAUAUCAGAGUUAGGGAUAAGUAAGGUUCAGUUAACCAAAGAGGACAUAGAAACAAUUCUGAAUACCCUGAUAUUUGAUGGGAAACUGGAAUGUACCAUUGUUGCCUCAGCAGGUGGUUCAGGGGAUGCUGGGAGAUCUAAGCUGUACAGAGCUAUAAAUCCAUUGGUGGAGACUACAGGACUUAUGAGAAUGCCAUGUGGUUCAUGUCCUGUGUUUGACAAAUGUUAUGAAGGAGGAGCUGUGUCCCCAACUACAUGUAUUUAUAUGAAAGAAUGGCUGGAUAGUUGAUAAACAUUGAGAAGCAUUUGCUGAGAUAUAUUUUGAACUACUGCUUGCCAGUACUUGGCUUGUUACAUGUGUAUACUGUAUUCAGAGCUGACAAUGAAUGAGAUCUGAUGAAUCUUACCAUGACUAGUUCUAGUUGUGGAUGAGAUCUACCGGUAGUAUGAGAUUAUUGGAAAAUUAAUUCUUUUGCAAUAUUUUGAAAUAGUAAUGAAAGAACAUUGUCAUUUGUAUGUAAGACAGUAGUAUUGAUAAAGUUUAACGACAUGUAGACUGUUA